AGGAGGUGUCCGUGGCCAGUGCAGCCGCUUCUUAUCGAGAGAGGUCGACAGAUAAAACAAGACGAGGAGGAACUUGUCUGAAGCAAACUCAAACCAAUCGGACUAACCUUUGCAUUGUUUUCUUUUGUGGAUCAUACAGCAAGCAAAGCCUGAAAGCAUGCCGGUGUCAAGGAUGAGGAUGAGGCCAUGGCUGGAGCAGAUGAUCGACUCAAACUCCAUCUCGGGUCUGCAGUGGGUGGACAAGGACAGGACGAUGUUCUCUAUUCCCUGGAAGCAUGCAGCUCGACAUGGCUGGGAGAUCGACAAGGACGCCUGUCUGUUCAAAAAGUGGGCCAUCCACACAGGGAAAUACACAGAAGGUAUGGUCUCUGACCCAAAGACGUGGAAAGCCAACUUUCGCUGUGCAAUGAACUCGCUGCCUGACAUCGAGGAGGUUAAAGACAAGAGCAUCAACAAAGGUCACCAAGCCGUGCGCGUCUUCAGGAUGUUGCCUGCUACACCAAAAUCUCGAGACAAGCGAACCAAAGCAAAGGAAACAAAGCGAAGGAUCAAGAACUCAAUUGAUGAGGUGGAUGUAAAAGUGCCAGAAGACACUUCUUCCACUCAGGAGAGCACAGUGGACAGCACAGUGAACACAGAACAGGAAGAUGGCCAAUGUGUGGGGAUACCUGACGUUUCUGACGUUUUGAUGUCAGUUGAAGAUCUAGGAUCAAGCCUGUUCUCCCGCAGAUUUGAAGUUUCACCUGAACAUUUUAUGGAUUACGAUUGUGCCGACGACAUUGUCCAGAUUUGCCAGCAACUGGAGAAAGAACAAUCACACUUCAUGUUUGGCACUUUAGACGGCAGGGGGUUCCUGAGCAAUGAAGCAUGCACCAGUCCAGGGAGCCAGUGGAGUGAUUCUUCCUCAGCUGAUGAACUAGACGACACGCCGCAGUACACAAACUUGGGCACAGAUUCAAUUUCCACAGACGACAUUUGGCACAACUUUUGCCAACAGAUUCCUCCUUAUCUCUGAGGAAUUCAGAACUGAACAGGACAGUACUUUGAAACUUUGGACUUUAAAAGAGCUCUUCCUGGCCACCAUGUUUCCCACCUGACCCGUUUUCUCCGUCUCGGACUCCAGUGUGUGCCGGCACCGUUUGUGGUGUAUGUUUGACACUCAGCAGCAGUUCCCAGGGUUUUCCUCAUCCUCCUUGACAUGAGGUGCACUGCUGUGAUGGAGGAAGUCAGCUGCUGUUCAUUCUUGCAUGUUAUUGGCUGGUUCAAGGCAUUAUGGUGCUCCCUUUUUUUCCUUGUUUGUGACCAUGAGUUGCAGUAGCACAAAAAUAUGUUUUGUUCAGGCAGUUCAUGUACGUGACCAUACUCAGCCAUGAAUGCAUAAAGGUAGCUAAUUCUUCCUUCUAAAUGCAAAUAGAGAUGUGUUCAGUACACUCAAAUGUGACAGGUUGUUAAUGUAUUAUCAUCACUAUAUAAAACCUUUAUUCCGUUAUGUGGAAAAGUCAUUUAAGGGAUAAGAAUACAUUCUAAUAGACCUCCUAAGUCUUGGUGAAAGCUCUACUUUCUUCUUGUGUUUUGUUUGCUGAAGGCAAUUGUAAAUAAUGUUUGUACAUAAUUGUUUUUGUGUGUUUUUAGAAAAUAAAAAAAGUUAAAUGUUA